AACAGUCAGCUGCAGGGAGCACAUUUCACAGGGGCAGUGCCGGCUCUCCAACACACACACAGACACACAUAUACACACACACACACAAACUCGCAUGCUGUUACGGAACUCUCAUGCACAUAAACUCACACAGGCAUGCUCGCACACUGACACACUCACACCACAAACACACACACACACACCAGCUCCAAUGCGUACACUCCUUCCAGCAGAUACACAUUUCCCCUGAGCUGGAUGCCUCUCUUUAAGGGAAAGGACAAACUGCUUUGAGGAUUUAACUUGGCUUCCUUCUAAAAAAAGGGAGCGAGAACAGACAGCAGAGGAGAAAGAGGAAGGAUUUAUUUGGGGACACCUUCCUUCACAGGAGAUGUACAACUUGUCAGCAUGACACCUUGUCCGGAUUCCCCUCUCCUCCUCAGGCAAAAAUCCUGAAAAUGAUGGAUGACAACAAGCAGUUGGCCCAGCGCAUCGAUGGGGCCAUUCAGUCCGCCAGCCAGGAGGUGACCAACCUGCGCUCAGAGCUGAGCGCAACCAGCCGCAGACUGGCCGAGCUGGGGGCAACCGACUCUGCCAGCAUGCUUGAGACCCUGCAGCACAACCACAACGAUCCCUCUGCUCACCAGAGGCAGAAGCCGCCGGCCACUGAACUCUGCUACAAGACUGAAAUCAGCAGUCUAAUGGACUUCAACUCCCCGGAUGCUUCUCUGGACAAAGUCCUGCUGCGUGAGGAGGUGGCCCAGCUCCAGGAGGAGGUGCACCUGCUGCGGCAGAUGAAGGACAUGUUAAGUAAGGACCUGGAGGAAACCCAGGGAGGCUGCUCGGCUGACGUGCUCUCCGCGACCGAGCUCCGUGUGCAGCUGGCCCAGAAAGAGCAGGAGCUGGACCGAGCCAAGGAGGCUCUGCAAGCCAUGAAGUCGGACCGUAAGCGUCUGAAGGCGGAGAAAGCAGACCUGGUGAACCAGAUGCAGCAGCUUUAUGCCACACUGGAGAGCCGGGAGGAGCAGCUCCGUGACUUCAUACGCAACUAUGAGCAGCACAGAAAAGAGAGCGAGGAUGCGGUGAAGGCACUGGCUAAAGAGAAGGACCUGCUAGAGAGAGAAAAGUGGGACCUGCGGCGGCAGACCAAGGAGGCCACGGAGCACACGGGGAUGCUGCGCUCCCAGCUCGACCUCAAGGAGAACCGCAUUAAGGAACUGGAGGCUGAAUUGGCCAUGAUGAGUAACUGUGUCAAUCAGAGAAUGGAGUUCCGGGUGUUUGAGCGGGUUGCGGACAGGGACUUCUCUCCUAGGGUCAUGGCGGCCAAACAGUCUCUAGCCACCCUAACCAAGGACGUGCCAAAGCGUCACUCUCUGGCCAUGCCCACGGAGACAGUUGUCAAUGGCAACAACCAGGAAUGGGUGAUGCAGGCCGACCUCCCGCUGACAGCAGCCAUCAGACAGAGUCAGCAGACCCUCUAUGUCCACACGGGGCAUCCCACUGACAGACAAGUGGCUGCCGUGCGGGUGAGCCCGUGCCACUCGCGUCAGCCCUCCAUCAUCUCCGACGCCUCGGCGGUGGAGGGAGACCGGUCAUCCACACCCAGCGACAUCAACUCACCACGCCAUCGGACUCACUCCCUCUGCAAUUCCCUAGAAGAUCUGGAGGAGGCGAAGCGUAAGAAGAAGAAAGAGAAGAUGGGGCUUGGCUCUCUGUCGCGUGUCUUUGCCCGGGGAAAGCAGCGCAAGUCCCUCGACCCUGGUUUGUUUGAUGGUACUUCAACGCCUGAUUAUUAUAUAGAGGAAGAUGCAGACUGGUAAAGCACACAUGUCCGAGCGAACCACCUGGAGAGCCUUUGUGGCAAUUAUCAGAAGACAGCUUUGUGUUGUGUGUGUGUGUGCGAGAGAGGAUGGGUGUGUGUUUGAUGUCAGUGUGUACAGAUACAGCAGUGUGUGUGCCUGCGCAGUCUCACACGCAUGCAUACUCAUGUGUGUGAAAGUGUGUGCAUGUGUGUGUCGUCCAUGGUCAGAGGCCAUGUCAGGAGCCGGAGGCGCGUCUUGCUUCGCUGAAGUGUAAACCUUAACGAGCAAAUUGCACCUGUAUGUAUGUACAGUCCUGUAAAUAGAGUGGACAGUGUGACACAGCGACCAUGUGGAUAUGUUCUAUUGUAUCUGCCCUCCAAAAAACGGCUGUGUUAUUGGAUCUUUUAAUUGUUCUUUACAUUUUGACUUUUUGUUUUCACUCAACUGGAAACUUGAAGGACUGCUGUACUUGUAAAUAACAACAGUUGAUGUGCACUUUGUGCGUGUAAAUGUCUCCUUGUCCUGAAUGCCUUUUGUUAUUUUCUGACAUGUACUCCCCUCCUCUCACUACCUUUUAACUUGAACUCCUCCCUGUUUAUUGUCCUGCCUGGUCCAUCCCCCCCCUCCCCCUCCUUCCACACUGCCAUGACGAGAACAGUUUCCUGUCGGCAACAUGCAGACUCCUCAAAUCCACCUCUAAUUCGGUUGUACAACACAUCCCUCAACCGCCAAGAAAACUGUGCACUCCUUGAUGUUCGCUCAAAUGAGACUUCAAAGACGCUGCUAAGCGAGGAAUAAACUUUCUAUGCAGAACAGUUUGUUCCACGGCAACAUGAAGCCAAACAGGAAAUGUAAGAAAUGUGUUUUCUAUCUGCUCAGAUAGAAGGUACAUGCCGAAGGUACAUGUGUGACAUGCAUGCACAUAGUCCCAGUCCCUGAAUGCAUGUUGAACAAAACCCUACUAAACAGAAAUGUCUUUCUCUGGGUAUGUUGUCGAGGAGAUGUUUUUUUUAAAAAAAAAGAGAGGUCAGUUGCUGAUUUCAUGAUGUUUAUUCAUGAUUUCCUCCAUUUUUAAAUGAAGUUAUUAAAUGUAUUAUUCAGAAAAGAAAAAGUUUAACAUCCCAAACUAAACAUAGAACGCUUUAAUCUGCACCUACAAGGCUCUUUAUGCAAAAUUACAUUUGAAGUAUUAAAGGUCAGCAAAGUCAACAGCCACAAAGAAAACCCAGCGCUACACUUUGAAUGAUUAAAUCAUCACUUCACAUAUUCAUGAGGCUUUGUGCCAUUUUCUCUCUGUAGAUUCUUACAGUAGCUUGUAGCUAUCGUUUUAUUAAUGCUUAAAAAAGCUGCUGGGAGUAGAAUCACUCUGGGAAAAGGAAUAGAAAUCUGUCAUCAUAGCAUAAGUGAGAGCAUAAACAUCAAUUAUAGUAUCACUGUAGAUAUUAGCCUGAUGGUCAAGGCUUUUCUGAACCUCAGGAAGUAGGUCAUUUUACCAGAAAAUCCGGACUUCAGUUUAGAGGCCUGAGCGCAGAGCAGACACUAAUUGAACUGUUAUAACAAUAACGAGUGCCAACCCAGGAGGUUAAAAAUCAGGCUAAACAAACCGAAGCAAAUGCAUACCUUCUCCCUCGACCCCCAAAUUCAGAUGCAGAGUUCAGGCCAUUGCUGAAAAAAGCAAUUAACUUUGUGCCAAAGGUUAAUAGCGUUUCUUCAAGCAAAAGAAUGUCCACAGACGUUGGAUUAUUUUCAUCCUUUCAUUGGAUUGAGCCGGAGUCUGCACUGCCACCCCCAGGAAAUCUUUUCUCUCCCUGAUAUUAAACUAACACUGGGUAUUUGUCAGUCUCAUCUGAAACACUAUACAGUCACAGAUUACAUUGGAGCUGUAUUUAACCACAGUGCUUGUCAAAAGAGCGUCCGUGUAAGCGGCGAGGGGGAUUAUCGGUUAACCCUCAGCUCAGCCUACAUUUGGGCUCGCAGAUAUUGGAUUUAGAGGUAAAUCACUAAGCUAAUUCAUAGAUAAGUCAUCAUGUAUUAAAAUGUAUGUAUAGGAACAACAGCUCAAUCAGUUUAUUUCAUUAAGCCUUUAAUGAAAUGUAUUAAAAAAAAUACUAGGCUAUUUUUAUUUUUUCAUUUAACCAACCUCUGCUGAUGGGGAAAAAAACAUAUCAAAUGAAAAGCAUUGUAUGAUCUUUAUGUUUUGAGCCACGGUCUCUUUGGGGUUUUUUUGUUUGUUUGUUUGUUUUGUUUUUCCACAAAUAUUUUACUUUUUGUAAAUGAGAUAACAUUACAGAAAUAAAAUUAAUAUUAUUAUUAAA